AUGGUUAUCGGAGUGUUUGUGUUCCAGAGUAUUGACCCUGUUCUCGCGAAACAAUCAUUCUAUGAAGUCAUUUUCUUCGAAUUCAUUACAAUCUCUACAAUUGGAUACGGUAACCAGUACCCGCAGACGCCAUCUUCUCGAAUAUUCUCCAUAAUUUUCUCAAUUAUUGGAAUUCCGCUUCUCGUUGUAACUCUCGGAAAUUUCGGAAAAUAUUUGACAAAAUUCUAUUGGAAAGCACGAGGAUGGAUUUGUUCGGAGAAAACUGAUAGAGAACUGGUAAAUGAUGCCGAUAUGCCUGGUUAUAUGAUUGGAAUUCUCUAUCUUUUGACAUUUUCAAUUGGUUUCCUCUAUAUUCCACAUUCUGGUGAAGCGUACUCAACUGAUGAUUGUUACUUCAGUUUCAUCAGUUUUGCAACUGUUGGAUUCGGAGACAAAGUUCCUCAAAUUGACACUUUUCUGAAGUUUUGCAAAGUGACGUCUUAUCUCAUGUGGGGGAUGAUUGUGAAUAUCAUGCUCAUCAGUUACAUGACAACAUGGUUCAAUUAUAUUUUCGCCCGUACACCAUACCGCGGUCGUGAUGUUGAAGUAUUGAUUGGAGGGCAAUGUAUUACUGUAUCAGAGAUUACAUCACUUGUUGCCCAACAAUUCCAUGCUUCUCCUCAUGAUGUCCGUUCGAUUCUUCAUGAUAUUGAUGAAAUGAUGAAUAAUUUGCAAGCCAAGGAGACAUCUGAUGAUGAUAGUUCGGAAGCUCUUGUUCAGUAA